AUGGGGCAGAAGGCUGUGAAAUUUUCAUUCCUAAACCGCAAGUCAGGGCUAAGCACCCUCACGGCAGCUUUCUCGUUGCAGGUGGUUGGGCACAUCCAUCCAGAAUGUGACUUUUUAGCUGAGCUGAAGAAAAAUGAGAAUGAAUGUCUGAGGGGCGCUGAAAAUCAUGGAAAUGAAACUGCAGGUUGCAGGAAAACGUGGGACAGGCUACUGUGCUGGUCAAAUGCAGAAGCUGGUGAGACUCUCACACUGCCCUGCCCGAAAGUCCUCUUUCACUUCCUCAAGGAGCCAGGCUUGGUAAGAAGAAACUGUACAGUGAAUGGCUGGUCUGAUCCAUUUCCCUCCUAUCACAUUGCCUGCCCAGUGAACGAUGAGAUUCCAGUUCAGGAACACUCCUAUUUUUCUACUGUAAAGAUCAUCUACACUGUGGGGUACAGCAUAUCUAUCUCCUCCCUCACCCUGGCUGUGACUGUUCUUAUUGCAUUCAGGAGACUCCACUGUCCCAGAAAUUACAUCCACAUCCAGCUCUUUCUCACCUUCAUCUUGAAAACUAUUGCCAUUUUCAUUAAGGAUGCGGUCCUCUUCCAGGAGGAAGAUAUUGACCAUUGCAGCUUUUCUACAACUGAAUGCAAGAUAUCAGUGGCUUUCUGUCACUAUUUUAUGAUGGCUAAUUUCAUGUGGCUGCUGGUAGAGGCGCUUUACCUGAACUGUCUGCUCUUAUCAUCCUUUCCUCAUGGAAGACGCUAUUUUUGGUGGCUUGUUCUGUUUGGAUGGGGUUUCCCAACGGUUUUUACCCUAGUGUGGAUAUUAGCAAAGCUGUAUUUUGAAGACACAGCAUGCUGGGAUAUUAACCAAGGCUCGCCUUACUGGUGGCUAAUCAAAGGACCUAUUAUCAUUUCUGUUGGGGUCAACUUUAUCCUUUUCAUCAACAUCAUCAGAAUCUUGCUGAAAAAGCUGGACCCGAGACAAAUCAACUUCAAUAAUUCAUGUCAGUACAGACGUCUCUCAAAAUCGACGCUGCUUCUCAUUCCGCUAUUUGGGACACAUUACAUUGUCUUCAACUUCCUCCCUGAAUACACCAACCUGGGAGUCCGGCUAUAUUUAGAGCUCUGCAUUGGAUCUUUCCAGGGAUUUAUUGUAGCCGUUCUGUACUGUUUCCUUAAUCAAGAGGUGCAAGCGGAAAUUGGCCGGAGAUGGCAUGGGAAGAGCUAUGGACUUAUGCCAAUGUGGAGGAAGAGGACGAGGUGGACCAUGCCAUCUAGUUCUGCGAUAAAAAUGACUACCUCUGUGUGUUAGGGACAGGUGCUGGCCUGGGAGCAAUGGUGUUUAAGAGCCCGAAUGUGAUUUAGGAACCUGAAUUUAAAUCAUCUGACUGUAACUUAAAAUGCCUGAGUGAAUUAGAGAAGACUAAUCCAGUUCUGUCUAGUUCCAUAGAAAUUCCCCACACCAGACCUCUACAGAAGUUUAUGAAGUUACAAGCAUCACAGCAUCAGAUCAAACACCAAUUGGCUGCUAAUAUAAUCCUUUUCAUGUGUAUCAUACGAGGCACAGCAACAGAAUCAUAACAGCAACACCCUCCUCUUCUUGUGUCCAUUUCUGAACUAUUUUCAUGGACUACACAUUAAAGCACAUCAACUGAGAGCUCACCCAAAGUAUCCUAGAGUGACACCAUGAAAGUGUCAGAUCUGGAAUGCACUACCAGCCUCUUCAAAUUGUGGGAACUGGAUUCAGACUGCUGGUUGUGAAUCAGUAGACUAGCAAACAAGAAACAGAAUGCCUUUUGAACCUACAGCACAAUGUUAUCAGUCCCCUCAUAAGUAAGGAGAUUCAGAGUUAAGGCGAAACCCAACUAUAGCCUGAACUCUUGAUACUGUGCAAAAGCUGUUUCCCAAAUUAUGAUCCGUGCACCACAAACAAUGUGUCUUGGUAGCCGACAAGUGAAACUUUCUGAGAAUUAAGUAGUAGGAAACUGAGCUGUUGGAGGAAGAUGAUUCCAUGAGGGUGGUGUUUUAUGAGAAAUUGGGCUGAGUAACUAAAACAAGCAGGGAGACCAAUGAAGCUGCCCUUUGGAGAAAGAGAAUAGGAUAGGCAACGUAUUGAUAAAUUUUAACUUGAGAAGGAAAAGCAAUGAGAAUAAUAGAAAGAACAGUGAGUAAGAAAGUGGGAGAUGUUUGAGAGAGACAAAAGAAGAAAAUGAAUGAGUAUGGGAAGAGACUAGAGGUGGUCAGGAAAGUAUUGUUUUUCCCUGUGAAAAUUUUUGACAAAAAUGAAAGAAAUGUUCACUUGCCAAAAAUUUUCUUCUUGAUUUUUCAGGCUUUCGUCAAAAAAAACAAACGCUUUUUUUUUUUUCAGUUUUAAACUGGAAAAACAAAACCUUUUUUUUUGACAAAAAUUUGAAUUUAUUUUGCAAAGAUUUCUGGUUUUUUGGAAAAGCCAUUCUCCAUCAAAAAAACCAAAAAAAGAUUUCAAUAGAAAAUUUUCACCCACUUCUAGAAGAGAGUAUAAUAAUGCAUGAUACAAGAGCUGGCUCUUACCAAUUAGUGCAUGCAAAUAGUAUCAUGAAUGCAGGUUUCUCCACAAUAGCGUCUGGAACAUAUUGCCUUAAAGGAACAUAUUGCCUUAAAGACUGUGGGCCAGAUCCUCAAAGGUACUUAGGCUCCCAGUGAAAGUUAGGAGCUUAAAUAUCUUUCAGGAUCUGGGCUACAUGUCUGUUCUAGUGUCCUUGAGCACUCGAAAUAGCAGGGACAUAGGAAUUGUGGGGCUCAACUACAGAAGGGCCAGGUGACUUAAGUUCUUUCUUAAACAGCUUUGGCUGGUUUUGCUCUCCAUUGUCGUCACACUCAUUUAGGAGCUUGGGAAUCAAAGUGCAUUCCCUAUCUUUGUCCUUUUCAUUGAGCUUUCCCAAAUGGGUGCUGGAGUCUGGGGAGAGAGCGAUUGUUAUCAGUGAACUUUUCGAAUAGGAACAGCAAGUUUCAGAAAGUGGGGAGGAUAAACUUUAGUGAAAGAUGAUGGGCGAGAGGUCAAUCAGCAUCCAUCCAGUACCUUUGGGCAUUCCGCUGGGCUUUAAUCUCAGCAGUUUAAACAACAAAAAUUAUCAUAUGGCAGAGAGAGGAGUGGCCUUCCCCUUUCUUGUGUGGUAGCCUGAUACAGGUAAUUCAAUGGGAUGGGUUGGUCUUCCAUGGACAGAUCCUCCCCCUCCCUUGUGGAAGUAGGGGUCAGUCUCUUUGCCACUGGACCCCACUCUCCUUCCUCUAACCCACAGGCCUGUCUUCUGCACUAGGGAUGGGGAUGGAGACUGGGGGGGUGCACAAUUCCCAGCUGUGCAGUGACUCCCAGGAAAAUACAACACAUGUUGGCUCUCCUCAAUAUCUCUUACACAGAGCUGGGAGACCCCCUUCCCCUACCCACAUAGAUCCUGUGGGCACUUUGGUGGCUAGCACCUAUAAUUCAUGUUGAUCACAUGAAUGUAUGUGACCCAAGGUGAAAUGAGGGUUUUCCAGCAGUCAGGGCCUUAUAUAAAUACCUAUAAGAGUUGAGUGAUGUAGUCAAUGUGUAUUAGAUUGGAGGCAUUGUAAGAUUAAACCCUCAAGGUAAUUAAUUGAGUUUUCACUCCAUACACCAGGAAUUAUCCAGCCUCAAUAAGAUUAUUCAUUUUCACAUGAUUGAGUAAAGAGAGUUUUUGAGCUUCUGAGGUUUUAAAAUUAAUCUUCAAGUUGGAAAUGUAUCCCCAUAGAGCACAUAGUGUCACCACACUGAGAAAAAAGAGAAUGAGACUGAGGGCAAAUAGAAAUCUUUCUUGUACUUAUGAGAUCAUUCUAUGUUUGGUGUUGUACGUUUCUAAACGUGCGAUGUCAUUUUCCAUGUUCCCAUGUCGUGACCAGUGAUAUUACAUAUGGCGUAUCAGGACACAGAUAACUGUUGAAUUUUUUGUCCUCAAUUUUUUCCAUUGUUUGUAAUCUUGUCUUGGAAACCUGAAAAUAUUUACUUCACACGAACGUUCUCUUCUCUCAAUUGGUUAAUGAUUUUUGUCCCUCCCGAGUGCUAUUGGAUCUUAUCUGAAAAGGACAUGGCAGUUUUAUAACACGACACAUUAAUACAUGGACUUAAUCAGUAUUUGUGUUUCUGUACGAGCCUGCAUUAUGGGUUGAAUCCAAAGGCCAGUGAUGACAAUGGCUCUCUUUCCAACUGACUUCAGUGGCCUUUGGCUCAAGCUUUAUGCCACUAAGGUUUGACUGUGCUAAAGCAACCUGAUAAGAAUCAACAUAAUGAAAGCUAAAACAAGCAGGUGGUGAAGGAAGCAUUAUUUUCAGAAAUGUAGUGUAUCAUUCUCCUCACCUCCACCCAAAUAAGGGUUCUUUGGUUUGUGCAAGGCUCUACCAUCUCCUAGAAUGCCCUCACGUUUCACUCCACUUUAUUCUUUCUGUGAUGCAGCCCAUGACUGUGGUACCGGGAUAAACAUCCAAAUUUACUUUUUUUGAGUUAAAGUGGAAAAGCUUCAGACCAUAAGCCAACCUCUGUGGGUUUGUAGGAAGAAACUUUCCCUCAGGACAGUUUAUCUUAUCACUGCCUUCAGGGCUUCUUGUAUUUUCCUCUGAAGCAUCUAGCGCUGACCAUUGUUGGAGCUACAGUACUGGACUGGAUUGACCACUAGGAUGAUCUGGUAUGGCAGUUCCUGUGUUUGCAUUUUCACUCCAAAUGGGUUACUUUUCAGGCAAAAACAUUCAAAUGUAAAUUUUGAAAUUCAGACUGUUGCUCACAGACAAAAGCGAGAAAUCGAAUGCUCACCUAUUUGCAUGCAACACCAGCCAUUUCAUGAGAACAUAAUGAAACGCACUAUAUCUGUGGCACAAAAAACACCCGCAAAUGAAAGUGCCAUUUUUCCUCUCAUUUCAAGAAUUUCUCCGUGAGUCUCAUUUCUGUACAUAACUGUUAGCAGGCACAAAAGAGAAUGAACUUGCUCAAGAGAAGCAGAUAUUCUCUUGCUGUUGUUUCCUCUUUUAAAUGCCAGUAACCGAACUCAGGUUUCAGAGUAGCAGCUGUGUUAGUCUCUAUCCGCAAAAAGAAAAGGAGUACUUGUGGCACCUAAGAGACUAACAAAUUCAUUUGAGCAUAA